AUGUCAGAGAAGAAGAAGUAUGUUCCGCCCAAUCGAAGAAAUAAGUCUGAGGAUGAAAAGUUGAAGGAGCGGAAAGCUAGAUUUGAGAAACCCAAGCAAGAAGAAUACGGUUACGUUUCCAGAGGCGAAGAGAACAAACUACAGAAGGAUGAGAGCGCCCGUCGUUCAUACUUUGACAAGAUCAAGAAGAUGGACAGAGAAAAGCCUGACCUUAUACUAGAUUCCCUAAGAAAACUUCGAGAAGCGAUGCUUCAGCACAAACCUGACGAGUUCACAAAGUCAGUGUACAUGUUUUCCUUCGAGUUCAGCUCAAGUAUUGGAAGGUACCAAGCAUACGUCCCAUGCGGACAGUUCCUUCUACGAGAGAAGCAUUUGCUAACCAAAGACGAAAUCAAGCAGAUUGCACAGGUGAUCAUCCUCCACAUUUCCCACUGCAACAACGACAGCGGCCGAGCAUGGCUGCUCUUCUUUAGGCAUUUUACAAGGCAGGACCCAUUGUACGCCGUUCUUGAGUCGUGGGACCUCGAAGAUUAUUACAAAUGGAUACAAUUCUUCGAAAGAGAAAAAGACCCAGCCCGGAAAAACGUAAUGAAGCUAGGUCUUCCGAAAAUGAUGCGCCACAUGGCGGCAUGCUUAACCAUACUGUACUUUACCAUGGCCGUGAACGACAUGGCUCACCUAAUGGUCGAUGGAGAUGUUGAACAGUUCAUCGACAAAUACAAUACCGGCUGGACCAUUGAAGGAAGCACAGUCACACUUCGAAGAAGAAAAUAG